AUGUUCUCCUUGUUCUAUGGUCUAUGGAAGUAUGUGUUCACCAAGGACGAGUUCCGUGUCCUUAUUCUUGGUGUUGACAAGGCUGGCAAGACGACUUUGCUGGAGAAGUUGAAAUCAAUGUAUCUGAAGGGGGAAGGACUUCCACCUGAUCGUGUCGUUCCAACGGUUGGACUAAACAUUGGACGCAUUGAAGAUGCAAAGGCAAAACUUGUUUUCUGGGACCUCGGUGGUCAGAUUGGCCUACGAACAAUCUGGGAGAAAUACUAUGAAGAAGCUCAUGCCAUAAUGUAUGUUAUUGAUGCUGCCACUGCAUCAUCAUUUGAAGAUUCCAAAUCUGCUCUGGAGAAGGUUAUCCGCCAUGAGCAUCUGAGAGGAGCACCAAUACUGAUAAUUGCAAACAAACAGGAUUUACCUGGGGCCAUUGAUGAUGAAGAAUUGGCUAAAUUUCUGCAUAAAGAACUGGAUGAGAGGCCAUAUACAUUUCAGGCUGUAUGUGCAUAUGAUGGGAGGGGGAUCAAAUCUGGCAUAGACUGGCUGGUGGAACAAAUGGAAAAAAGCAAACGUACCGAGACACUGCAGGCUCGUGCUGGUGUACCUGGACAAAUUUAG